CUGCCAUGAAUAACUUUGCAGCGAACAUUGCUUACCAUUUCAAGAGAACCGCUCAUUAAAAAUUUCCAGCCAAACACACCGUACUGCCGUUGUUUGAUUGACCGUGUGGAUGAUUCUAAUGAGCUUCCUGCCACAACUUUCUUCUCCUUUUCUUUCUCUCCUUUCUUCCGCUUUCCCUGUCGCUCGGAUUGAGACAAAGUUUACUCUGCUGUAAAUAUUCAUUCCCAACCACACAAUGUGUCAAUCUUUCGCCCAUCGAUAACGAAAUGUUGCCUCCCACCUACCUGUCACCCGGUGUGACGGGUGGAUGAUUCCUUCACCGUAAUCUACAGCCAUCACAUAACGCUCAUUUUCCACCCCGCCUUUCCCCUCUCCAGUAAAAGUACGUAUCGGUGUGAUUGUUCGAAGAUGAAUGUGUGUAUGUGUGUGUGUAACGAGAGCAAAGCAUAGCGGAAGUAAUCCACCCACCCUGGAUCGACGCUGCUGUCACCGUGGGUUCGAUUUGAUUGCGAAAUGAAGCAAGAAAGGCCGGAUGAUCGAUCGGGAAGGCGGUAGAAAUGUCCUGCUCUUGGGAGGGGUGUUUUUUUUUCGCACCAUCACCAUCGUUACGUUUCCGAUCAAAGACCAAACAGAACGUCAAUUGAUUGUGUCGAUUGUCAACGUCCCAACGUCGGGCUGCGAUUGCGUUUGAUUGAAAUCGGGCAGAAAGGUGACGUCUUGUUAGGGGGCCGGUACCUCAAGGGUGGCUUACCUGUUAGCGUUUCUUUUUCGCUACCGUACGGUGAAUGUAGUCCUCCGAGUUGUAUGGUAAUAUUGAAGGUACGUUUCACAUUUUCUAGUUAAGAUUUGAUUUGCCUUAAAGCGUAAACACAAUUAAAUACCUACCACGAGGCAUUUGCUCGAUGUUUGAAUUAUUAUUGUUUGUAGACUUAUACACUCUCCCCCCAAACGACUCAAGUGGACAGGAAUGUCCCAACAGUCUCACACGUUGGUCAGAUGCCCAAUGCGUGGAGGUGCUGCUGUCUUCAUCGUGCUUUUCACCCUUUGCCCGCUGGCACAGUAUGACUUGCAUAUCGUGCAUCCACUACCGUUAUCGUUGUUGCCGGACACCAUCAUAAGGACCUCGUCGUCCUUCAUGUAAACAUGAACAAAAUAACUGCUCCGAUUUGACACGCAUAAGUACCGCACUUCCCGCCGAUAAGAACCGUUCUUGCGACCAGUGUCUGACAAUCAACACCUUUGGCGAAGGAGAACGCUCGUUUAUUAGACUAACAGGGGCUUUGUGUGUAUCGAUGGGAAAGCAAAUAGGCCGAAUCAAUAAUUGCGUCGUGAAGACCACCGUACCGGAAGUAUAAAAACGUGUCCAACGGCCACGGCAACCCGAUAGUUGCGUUUUGGCAGGCGGUCAGCAAAAGGCGGAUAGCGAUGUCCGCGUCACCAGCGCUUGUCUGUCGCGUCUGCAGUGAUCGUAGCUCCGGCAAGCACUACGGUACGGUUUGCUGCGACGGAUGCUCCUGCUUUUUCAAGCGAAGCAUCCGCAAACGUGCCGUGUACUCGUGCAUCUCCGGUCAGGGUGGAUGCUCGGUGGACAAGGCACGGCGCAACUGGUGUCCGUUCUGUCGGCUGCAGAAAUGUUUCCUGGUGGGCAUGAAUGCGGCGGCCGUGCAGCAAGAACGGGGCCCGAGAAAGGGACGAAAAAUGGUCGCAGACGGGCUGUCGGUGCAGAUUCUAUCCCAGGUGCUGAUGGCGUGCAUCCGGCAAGUGCGUCAUAACGAGCACUUUGCCAUCUUUGGCCGGGCGCAGCAGAACGAGAUCCUGCGGCACGUGUGGUAUGAAUGCUUUCUGCUACGGGUAGCCAACUGGUCCAUCGAUAUCUCGUCACUGGUCGAACGCUGCUGUGACGGCCAUCUCCGGUCGGUGAUGGAGGACAUCAAGGCUUUGCGGGUGGAUCUUAUCGAACUAUCGCUGCUAGAGACGCUGAUACUGUGUCGGAAAGAGUUUGCUUUGAGUGCCCGGGAAGCCACCCAGCUGGAACAGUUUGCCGAGCGGGCUCUUGUUGCCCUUGGUAACUAUUGCUGGCAGCAGCAGCAACAACAACCGCUCAACGAGCUUGCACCGGCAAAACAGCUUCCCAUUGCGCUCGGUAUACCGUUCCGGGACGUCCGGUGUACGUCUGUCGGGACGACCUGUACAGAGCCUACCGCAGCGCUUCCGGCGCCGGCCCGGCUGGGGAAGCUGUUGCUCGGCCUGCGGACAGUUGCGCUCCGGUUUAACGAAUUUGCCGUCCGUGCGAUGCUGCGGGAGGUAAUUAGUGACGAUGGGCUGGCCCUGGAAACUAUUCUCGCGAAGCUGUAAGUGGCAAACGGGGCCCUCCGGCAGGCAACCCUUCCAAGUGGCAACGCAUUACGCAUCGCAUCGCAGUACCUGGAGCGGUGAGUGGGAAGAAUCUAAUUAUGUGCACGAAGCAGUGCACUGUGCACAGUGUGCUACGCUACGGUGAGUGUGUCUGAGAAAGUUUUGGGUAGGGAUGGUACGGCACGAUGUCCGCCGACACACCCACCUGCCAAAUAAGGUCACCGGAAUGCUGCCGGCCACGUAGAAAAAGGGUGUGCAAGUAACAGUUUUGUAAUGCAAUCAUAUUAGCUGCUGAGCACCCCGAGCACCUCCGAGGGUACCGGCUCGUGCAGAAAGGUUAUUUUUUCGUAAUCAUACUGUAAACUGGCCAUGGCGAUGACACUGAAAGGAAGUCCGAAAAGCUUUUACGAAGAUGAGUGUAAAGUUUGUGUGUUUUUGGGUUGAAAAAAAAAAUGUGCACAAAAAGUUGGUAAAUGGAAUUAUAAAUGUACUUUAGCUUUAAAUACAAGUUGGUUUCAUACAGCGCAUUCACAGGUCAACAAGAUACUGCAUGUUUGGUUGUUUAUUGUAUUGUGUUUCUCAAAAUAUGCAUGUUUUGUUCUUAUAAUGUAUACCAUGGGGUCAAUGUCGUGUUUUCACCAUAGAUUUAGUUAUUUCAGUUGAAUAAGGUGAUAUUAUUGAAUAUACAAGUAUAACGAAAACUCCAGGGAGUUCUUUUUCUCUUAGAUUUGUUAUUAUUUGA